CCACGUUCGAAACAUCCAAGUUCUCCGGCAGCCUAAGGCGAACUGAGGACGGACAUGGUGUAUGAAUUACGAUAUCUCAGCAGCAUGAGCGACAACAAAGAGGAAUUCGGCAAUGCAACUUACGAUCCGCUCUUCAAGCGUCGAGCAUACCCAUCAGUCUCGGACCACAGUCGUAACAAAGGCGAACCGCAUUACCACGUCUCAAAGGCAGCGGACACAGGACCCCCAUCCGACUAAAGACACCACACACAGCUCGAAAAUUCGGUACCUACCUAGGGCUACCGCUUCGUGGCCAAAGGCAACAUUAAUCACCAAGCAUUGCCGCCAACAGACCCACCAGGCAGGCAAAACAUUAUACGUCGUGGUCGACGACAAGAACCGGCGCAUGGGCCUGCGCUGCCCGGCAGCAAUCCACACGGCCGUCAUGGCGGAACACCUGGCGACCGCCACGCAGCGGGCAGCCGCAGUUCAGAAGCGAGACGAGGCCAUGACGGACGCCUUUCGCGACGCCAUCCUCGCGCUCUGCCCGGCGGCGCCGCGGGACGAGGUCGCGCAGAUCGCGCGGCGCUCGCUCAAAAAGCACAGCCGGCAGGUCGGCCGGCGGAUGGGGACCGUGGCGCUGCUGCGCGACCGGGCCAGGCUUGCCGUUGGCGCACACAUCCGGCACGUGCACACCGACUACGACCGGCUCUUGAAGCAGGGCGUGAGCAGGCAGGCCGCAAGAGAACAGGUCUGGGACCAGGUACGCGAGACCGCCAGGCGGUGGGGAUGCAAGCUUGACAUGCCGUCACCGCCAACGGCUCCCGCCAGGGGCAGGACUGAGAAGAAGAGGCAUGGGAAGGAAACUGUCCAGGUAUGGAAAGGAGAGGGAAAGGGCUUUGUGAAAAAGGCCAUGGUUUAUUCGGAGCUCAAGUAUCCAAUGGUCAGCGCCCGGAUGACAAGGAGUUGGCUAAGGAGACUGGACUCUAUCGUGAGGGGAACGGUGGAAGAUGCCGACGUCGAUGAUGCGGUCUUCUUGAAACACGACGAGAGUGUUAGCGAUUGUGAUAGCGGCUGCAGCGAGUGGAGUAGUUUGAGGGACCAGCUCCGGCUGCCAAUCGCGGAUGGAGAGACCUAAUGUCAUGAUGGUAUGACCUUUGUUCGUUGGGCGUCGUCGGGCGUUGCUGGUUCGCCAUAUUCCCUCGAUGUGCAGAUGGCUCCACGGGCAUACGGCUGGCUACCUCUGCAGAAUGAUGGGUGUUUGGUCAUAUAAAGUGAUGGGAUGUGGUGUUACCUACCCCAAAGAAACGGCACGGAAUUGUAAGCGGGUGGAAGCCGACGGUCCCGAACCGGAGAAGCAAGCCGACGGCAUCUCAACCGGGGCGCUGGGCGCCUCCAGAGGGGAAGCGGGGCAUGAUGAGAUCUGGCCCCUCCAUGCCCAAUGCG